GGUGCAGGCUGAAGAAAGAACAAGGCCAAUCAACAUGAAGCCCCAAAACCCACACAUAAAAGUACUAAAAGAUGACAAAAUACUAUAUUAACCACGACUUUUGUAUUUACUAUUAGGUAGAAGGACAUAUUACUUUAUAUAUUUGAUAUGGACACUUUUGUCUGUGUUUAGCACUGACCAUCAGAUUAUGAGGAAGUGCAGCUGAAGCAAAUAUUGCGGCUUUUUCCUGCUUCCGUUUUAACGUAGACAAAUGGAGAAAGAAGAAAACGGUUAGUGAGAGAGAAAUGAUGACUCGUCACAUUCCAUAAUAACAAUAAGCAGCUGGAAGAGAAAGAACCUGGACAGAACAUGCUUCGCUUUAGGCUUGUCUACAUCUUCUUCUACAACCUGCUGCAGUUCUGUGGACACACAUGGAUACUGACUAACACCAUCAUCAGGUUUCUCAUAUUUGGCCAAGAUGCCGUGGCAGACACUUUUUACACUGUCGGCCUUGUCAUGAGCCUCUGCCAGCUGCUCUCCAUUCUGGAGCUUUUCCACAUCGCAGAUGGGAUUGAGGAGGCCAAACUACUUCCACGCCUCAUCCAAGUUUUGGAGAAGAACCUGCUGCUCAUCAUGCUCGUCCUGUUGGAGGAGUUUCAGAGCAAACCAGUCGUGUGCGUACAGCUCUUCUUUUGGAACAUCUUGGACCUACUGAGGUACCCUCAUGAAGUGCUCUGUGUGAUGGAUACCACCUUCACGGUCAUGCUGUGGGCCCGCUACACGCUGUGGAUCCCAGUGUACAUCCUGUCUGCCAUCACAGAAGGGGUCACAAUAUACCAGGCAAUGCUCGACACGGCGACGUCAGCCUCUGGCAUGCAGAAUUCCACAGAUUCCUCACACAGUCAUCAGCCAUUUGUCCACAAGGCCUCUCUGCCUCUUCUUGCUCUUGGUGUGUCGUUUACGGUGUGGCAGUCGCUGAAGGAGAGACAACAUCAGCUGGAGAGGUGGCACAAGAAGAUGAAAAGAAAGUGACCGCUUACUUAUAAACUAAGGAUACAAUGUAGUUGCAAGUAUUCUUUUAUUUAGACAACAUUGUGUUUGCAUGGUCUGAGACGGUGUUUGUGUGUGUGGGCUACCAGCCAUACGCUCUGGUCCACACGGACUUCUUCUUGAACUCAGGAGAACACCUCAGGGCCAAGAGAGCAGCUGAAAACAACAAUUCAAACAUGGUUAACUUCACAAAUUGGUUUUGACUGGAUUGCGUCAUACCGAACAUGAGAGAAACGAUGCAGUUAUUUUUAUUCUGUAUGAAUAUCUUCAAGAUAACAUGUCACCUUUGGCUGUGUUGAUAGUUGAGCUUGUCAGACUUUGCUCUGGUCCCUCCGUGAUGCUGAGAAGCCACUCUAUGAACUGACACAUGUGCAGACACACUUUAACGUCAUAUCUUAAAAAGUAGCUUUCAAGCUGAGGUUACUGGUGAUGAUGACCUUGGGCGACUGGCAGCUCCAAGGUUCUUUGUUGAGAAGAAGGGUCAGGCUGUGCGACAGUCCCAGUAGGCACUGGGGCAGGACACGGUCCGUCAGCGACUCCUCGCCGUACAGAUUGUGCAGGAGGACGGCGGGCUUGGACGCGGAUUGCCAAGGAAACCACCGAGUCCUAAUGCCAAGCAGGAGGGGCAUGGAGUGGUCGCCCCAGGAAACGACCGCGGCGGCAAAAACUUGAAAGAGGAAGUCUGUGGCCUGUGAAACAUAGCAUUUGGAUAAAGAGUUGUUUGUACACACUCACACAGAUAAACGUCCAACACACCACUUUGGUGCUUCCAAUGGUGACAGAGGUGGUGCCGUAAGCAACAUUUCGCAUGAGUCCCAUCAGCUCCAGCAGCCACUCUAAUCGUUUGCUUACACCUGGAACACAGAAAUCCAUGAAAAAAAGAAAACUUUACUGCCCUUUUGUUGUCAAUAGUUUUGCAACAUGAGGUUCCUUUCUUGAGUAGCUAUAAAAAAGGACCUGUGUGGACGCUGGCGGCCAGGCGACACUGGUAGAAAGUCUGCAGGAGGAUCCAACCCACUCGGUGACUCGGCCAACCACGGAGCACACUGGCGAUGAUGUCGUUCAGCCCGAGGAGGGGAAUUCUACCUUGGGAUGUCAGGUAAGCCAAGACAAAGCAGGUUUUCUCCAUCUGAUCCUAAAAAUAGCACAGCCGUGACAUAAAGUGCAUGAAAGAGUGGGAAAGCAUUGGAAACAACACACCUAAUGACUACAUCGUACCUCGGUGACACCAGCGAUGCGGUCGAUCUCAGUAUCAGACAUCUCAUGCAAACAUUUGGCGAUUCCAACGUACAAAUCCACUUCACUAUCCUAAAGAAAAUGAGCUUCAAACACACUUCAAAAGAAUGAGGGCGGCCGAAUGAGACGAUGUGUUGGCGUACCUUUAUUUGGUUGGGCAGGAGGCUGAAGAUCUUCUCUGUGGUGGAGCACAUCAAGGCCCAGCAGACGUUGGGUGGGUUGGGCAGGGCCAUGGCAUGAGCGAGGCCCUGCAGCAGGGAGCAGCACAGGGGGAGACGCUGGGGUCGAAGUUCCUCCUGGAAGGCCUGCAGGCCCACAGUGUCGACAUAGAACUGGAGCUUCUCCUCGACGACAUGCUUCAUCCACAAGGAGAGAGUCUCAUAGAGGUGGGCCCGGGUCUGGAACUGGAUUAUAGCGAGAACCCCAUUUAAGACCUCCAAAAAAAUUGUAAAAGGCUUUUUCUUUUUACGCUGUCAGUCCCUCCAAAAUUUCGCUGGCUUUUUUUGUGAUUGUUGUAACCAAAAAUCCCUGAUUUUGUGGCAGCAUUUUUACAAAUUGCAGCAAAUUGUCCUGUUAUGCAAAACCAACUUUUCCCACCUGUUUUUCUGUGUUUGGGAUCCCUAUAAGUCCCAAAAUUUGAAAUCAAAUCAUCAAUGAAUGAUGGCAGGGAUAUUUAUAAAACAAUCUUGCCUUCUUCCAAACUAGCUGUUUGGAAUUUGAGACUUAAAUUAUGUAUCUUGCCUUAACUCAUUCUCCUUCUAUGCCACAUCAAUAUGGAAUGCACUCCCAACAGGUGUAAAAGAAAGUGCAUCUCUAUCCUCCUUCAAAAGCGCACUAAAAGAACACCUCCAGGCAGCUACAACCCUAGACUAACCCCCUCCCCCCAACACAUCCCACCUACCCGGAUUGUAAAUAAUCAAAUGUAUAUACAUGUUCUUAUGCUUUCUGAGCUGACUAUGUUCACCGCUCGCUAUACAUAUCCUACAAAGUGAGACCUACACUGUUGCAAUGUCCAUUUCUCAGAUGAUAUGAUUGUUGAUGACUGAAGUAUGCUGAUAGCAACCCAACCUAUGGGUUGGGUUGCAGGGGGCUUCAGAGACUGAACAUGGCCAAAUGCAACCAAAUGCAUACCUGGAAAGCAGCAAAGGCGUACAAGGAUCAAAAUGAAAAAGUAAUAAAAAUGUAUACUUGUUGGCACUAUCCUCCAUUGGUAAUGUAUGCCUUUGUUUAAUAUGAACAUAAACAGGACACACAAAGAGAGUGUGCAGGUGUGCCUAAUAAAGUGUCACUACUCACACUGAGACUGUACACAAGAGGCGGCGACAGCCAAGACCCAAGAAAGAGCGAUGCAUUCUGGGAAUACUGAGCUUGAGCGGCAGCCAGCACCACACACUGAUGUUGAAUGUCCUCACCUGUCCCAGGAAUAAAAUAUGAAAACAUCACGUGCACCGAUUUGUAAUGAACGCAACAUUUUCAGAUGUUACCGAAGCUGAGUCUCAUCAGAGGGGACAGGACAGUGCUCCAGUUGAUAGGAGGGUACUGGAAGCUGCCUCCAACUGAAGCCAGAGCUGUCAGAGCAGUUUUAACCACCCUCGCAUGGACAAACUCUGGACCUGCGUCAUAUCAACAGCAACACAUUACUUGUCGUCACAAACUACUCAAUAGCUUGUGUUACAUUAAGGAGACAAGGUGACAAAGAGCAAACCUUUCUUCCCAGCUUCAGUGAGCAACUCCACGACAGCUUUGAUGACACUUUUCUCUGAGAGGUAGCUGAAGUCCUGAGGCACUGAAUGACGGAUGACAGCAUCUUGUCAGAGUCAGACACGGCCGUCUCUGUUGCAAGGGGAACUAUGAUGAUUGUAAUCUACCGGUACAUUUAACACACUCCCUUGUGGUCUCGAUAAGAUGUAUUGGAUAUGCUUUGCUGUAAAUUUUGCUUCACAAUUUAUCGUUUGAAAAUCUAUGCUGUUUAUUAUACAUCUUUAAGACAAAAAUGAGCGCUAUUUUUUCAGUCAUAGUCGAAAAUAAAUA